GCCGGCCGGGCCCUUUCGCCCGCCGCCCGCCAUCUUGCGAGGAACCAUUGGGGUUAUUGUCCGCCGCUCGGGCUCGGCGGGGCCGGCGCCGCUCGGGCUGCCCGGGCGCUGACGGGGCGGCGGGGGCCGGCUCGGCGUGAAGAGCCCGGGGCGGGGCGGUGGCGCCAUGGAGGAUGAAAUGCCCAAGACCCUAUACGUGGGGAACCUGUCAAGAGAUGUGACCGAAGCACUAAUCCUCCAGCUGUUCAGCCAGAUCGGACCCUGCAAAAACUGCAAAAUGAUCAUGGAUACAGCUGGAAAUGAUCCGUACUGCUUUGUGGAGUUCUACGAGCACCGGCACGCGGCUGCAGCCCUGGCUGCCAUGAACGGCCGGAAGAUAAUGGGUAAGGAGGUCAAAGUGAAUUGGGCAACGACUCCCAGCAGCCAGAAGAAAGACACCAGCAACCAUUUCCACGUCUUCGUCGGAGACCUCAGUCCAGAAAUUACAACUGAAGAUAUCAAAGCAGCUUUUGCACCGUUCGGAAGAAUAUCAGACGCACGUGUGGUGAAGGACAUGGCGACGGGAAAAUCCAAAGGCUACGGCUUCGUCUCCUUCUUCAACAAAUGGGACGCGGAGAACGCGAUCCAGCAGAUGGGCGGCCAGUGGCUCGGGGGAAGGCAAAUCCGAACGAACUGGGCGACGAGAAAACCUCCGGCUCCAAAGAGCACAUAUGAAGCAAACACCAAACAGCUGUCAUACGACGAGGUGGUCAAUCAGUCCAGCCCCAGCAACUGCACCGUGUACUGCGGAGGUGUCACCUCGGGCCUGACAGAGCAGCUCAUGCGCCAGACCUUUUCUCCCUUCGGGCAGAUCAUGGAAAUCCGAGUGUUUCCCGACAAAGGCUACUCCUUCGUACGGUUUAAUUCUCACGAGAGCGCGGCACACGCCAUCGUGUCCGUCAAUGGGACGACGAUCGAAGGACACAUUGUCAAGUGCUACUGGGGCAAGGAGACGCCGGACAUGGUCAGUCCGGUGCAGCAGAACCAGCUGGGCUACCCGCCGGCGUACGGGCAGUGGGGCCAGUGGUACGGCAGCGCCCAGCUGGGCCAGUUCGUCCCCAACGGCUGGCAGGUCCCCGCCUACGGGCUGUACGGCCAGCCCUGGAACCAGCAGGGCUUCAGUCAGACGCAGUCUUCAGCGGCGUGGAUGGGCCCCAACUAUGGGGUGCAGCCACCGCAGGGGCAGAACGGGAGCGUCGUCCCCAACCAAAGCGGGUAUCGCGUGGCUGGAUUCGAGACACCCUGAGGAGGAGGAGGAGGAGGAAGAGGAGGAAAAGACUCUGAAAGCGACCGGAGCGUCGUCCACCGCAGAGAUCGAUCUGCUCAAGCGUCAGCCACGACGUAUUUAUUUAAAAGAAAGGAUGAAAAAACAACAAAAGCGCAUUUUUAAUCAUGAAAGUUGUCAUCGGCAUUGUUAAAAAAAAAAACAAAAACGAAAAAAAAAACCACAACAACACGCGAAACGAAACAAAAAAACAAAUCACACUAAACGAGAUGCUGGAUGUUCUGCCAACUUUUGCCUUCUUUUUCCUCUUUUUUUUUUGACGUGUUUCUGAAGAUCCGCGUUUCUCGAAACGCAGCAAAUGCAGGGAGUGCUGCCGCUGGCAAAGAAACGUACCGCGGGGGCAGCGAAUUGCACAAGCGUCAACCUCGCCGGGUUUAAUUGUGUUCUCUGUUUUCUUUCCUCGGAAGUAGCGCAUCGUUCUCGUUUGCAUUCCGAACGAUUUUAAAUGUAUUAUAAAGCGUUGUACAAAAAAAAAAAACAAACAAAAAGAAAAAUAAGAAGCCAAAAGCGUGCGAAUCCCGAAGCCGCCGCCUCUUCGGCCUUCGCACCGUCCGUUAAACGAGCCUCUUGUACAAAACCUCCGUCUGUGCGCCGGGUUUUUGUGCGUUACCGCCGGGUUUUCGCGACGAUAAAUUAUGAGUUUACAUCUGUUUUUUUAUAUCUCAGCGUGUUUUUCAGCCUUCGCUUUAGGACGGGGAAGGGGAUGGCGACCGGGUCCCCUCGCAAGGGAGGAUUUUUACCCCAUAAGGGUGAAAAAUCCCCUUUCAACUAAAAUGUGAGAUUUUCCUACACGCCGGCCGCGUUGUUUUGCUUUUUUUGUUCUUUUUUUUUUACCGAUUUCUACAUUUACGUGUACUGAUGAUGUAACAUACCUUAGCAAAUUAAUAUUUUGCACAACCGUGAGCCACCUUUGUACGUUUCCUUAUUUAAAGGAGUCCUUUGACACGA